AAAACCGUACGGGAAGGCGCAGUGGACAGCGUAAGAGGAGUAGAAAAUGUGAUUGAAUUGUACAAAGACCCUGAAUAUGGCCUUGGAUUCAAUAUCAGAGGAGGCAGUGACGCUAAUUAAAUGCGUGGUCAUCCGGGAAUCUUUGUAACGUCAAUUAAACCAGGAGGCUCCGCUGAUCGUGACAGUCGGCUAAAGAUCGGAGACAGACUCCUUGAGAUAAAUGGCGUGGACGUUCGUUCUGUUCCUCAAGAUGCAGCGGUUCAACUUGUUCAAAGAUCCCUUGACAAAGUUACACUAUUGGUUGAAAAAGACGCAGAGCAGCUGUUUAAAAACUCUGAGUUUUACAGCUUGAGUGAUUUUGAUGAGAUCGACAUGAGUGGAGAGGCAGGCUGUUUCUUCAGAGAUCAGAAAAGAAGAAUAGACUUUGUCCUGGCUUACGAAGAGUUCGAUGAUGAACCGGCUUCGAAAGAAACCUUACGAUAUAGAAGGAGGUAUAUGAAAAACCUGCAGAAAUCUCAGCUGGAGUUCGAAGAGGAACAAUCCCCAACUAAGAAAGGUCAUCUUCACUUCAUCAAAGUUCACGUGCCGUGGGAAGUCAUGUUAUUCUACGCCGAAGAGCUGAAUUUCAAAGGUCCACUGAAGGCGAGAACAGAUGAGAAGAUUAACUGGUCGGAACGAAUAUUGAAGAAAUUUCAUUUGCCAAACAUGUUCAAGGAUGAUGUGCCAGAUCAACCCCCAGAUUACUUUACAGCCGCCUUUCAGGCCAAUAAACUGAACAGAUUUGUAGGGAGCGACAACCCAGAAACGUACUUCAAGGACACGGAACGAACAAGAGUGGCAAAUGAAAUCCUCGAGACAGCUGUGUACGGAAGCCGCAACAAAGGAGAAAUAGGCAUAAGUCGACUUGUGGAGGAAGGAGUAUUUACAGCAGCAUAUCCACUUCAUGUGGGUCCAGCAGAGCUUCCCUCAGACUGGAAUAAAACUCCAGAUGGACCGGAGGAGAGAACACUUAAUCAGAGACAGAUACUUAAGGAGUACUGGGCUCGAUGGGGAAAGUGGCUGAAAUAUCAACCGCUGGACCACGUCAGAGAAUACUUUGGAGAGAAGAUCGGGAUCUACUUCGGUUGGCUUGGGCAAUACACAGCAUGGCUGAUCCCGCCCUCCUUCGUUGGACUUCUUGUAUUCCUAUACGGUUAUUUGACAAUAGAUAGUGCUCAGAACACAGCGCUUGACAUCUGUAACAGCCCAAAUUGGACCUAUGUAAUGUGUCCACUUUGUGAAGAAGAACUGGGCUGUAAACCAUGGGACUUGAAAACCAGUUGCUCCCGAGCGAGGUCGUCGUACUUGUUUGACAAUCCAGCCACAGUGGGUUAUGCCCUUUUUGUUUCCUUCUGGGCCGUGUUUUUCCUGGAGUAAUGGAAACGAAAGGAAAUCACUCUGGCUUACCAGUGGGAUGUGCUAGGCUUUGAAGAAGAAGAGGAAAGACCUCGACCCACCUUUGCAGCGUUAGCUCCGGCUGUGGAGAGGAACCCUGUAACAGGGCUAUUGGAACCGCACUUUCCCGAAGAAAAGCGAUUCCCAAGGAUCGUCUCAGGAAUUGCCAUUGUUAUAUGUAUGGUUUCGCUCGUUGUAUUGUUUAUGGUCGGUGUUAUUGUAUACAAGCUGCUGGUGAUUCAUCCACUCUAUGAAAACCCAGACUUUCAGCAGUAUGCUGCCACUAUUGUGUCUGUUACAGGCUCAAUCAUGAAUCUGAUCAUCAUAAUGAUACUGAGCAAGGUCUAUGAAAAGCUGGCAUACGUGUUGAACCAUUGGGAAAUGCACCGAACACAAACGGAAUACGAAGAUAACUUAACAUUCAAAGUGUUCGUGUUCCAGUUUAUGAAUUUCUUCUCUUCCAUCUUCUACAUUGCUUUUUUCAAGGGAAAACUUGUUGGUUAUCCUGGAAAUUAUACGAAAGUAUUUGGCCUCAGGACAGAGCAGUGUAGUCCUGGUGGAUGUCUAAUGGAGUUGGCCCAGCAACUAUCAAUUAUCAUGGUUGGCAAGCAAGUCAUCGGCAACGUUCAGGAAGUCCUCGUUCCUGAAAUAAAAAAGUUCAUGAAGAAGAGAAAAAUGGGAGUGACUGGAAAUGAGGUGAAGCCCCGCUGGGAAUUGGAUUACGAUUUACUGGAAAAUGAAGGCUUGUUUGGAGAAUACCUGGAGAUGGUCAUCCAGUUUGGUUUCAUCACCAUCUUUGUGGCUGCGUUUCCUUUGGCUCCGUUCUUCGCCCUUGCAAACAACAUCUUUGAGAUUCGUAUUGACUCAGACAAGAUGGUGUGCGAUUUGCGGCGGCCAGUGGCACAUAGAGCACAAGACAUUGGGAUCUGGUUCAGUAUGUUAUCAGCAAUAGCGAAAAUGGCCGUCAUCAGUAAUGCUUUCCUUAUAGCCUUCACCUCGCAAUUUUUGCCGAAAUUGUUGUACAGAGCUUCUAUAUCACCAGAUGGCUCCCUUCAAGGUUACACCAACUACAGCCUUGCAUGGGCGCCACCCAACUCUACAUCAGUACCCUGCAGGUAUAUCGAAUUUAAUAAUCCCGAUGGAAGUGCAAGCAAAUUUUAUUGGCAUUUGGUGACAUUAAAGCUGGGGUUUGUUAUUUUAUUUGAGCAUUUUGUGUUCUCCAUAUCCUGGCUCAUUGACAUGCUUGUGCCCGAUAUACCGGCCGGCCUCGACCAAAGCAUCAAAAGGGAGGCGUACCAGGCCAAGCAGAUAAUGUCUGACCAUCACGGACUCAUGGGAGGAUUGCCUUCUUCUGAUGACUACAUGCUGGAACUUGAAACAUGACACUACGAUUAGAAGUCUUUUGAAUUUCACCUGCUUUUCGCAACACAAUGCAUACCGAAUUCAACAAAUCAAUUCAACAGACAGACAAAUAUCGAAAAUCAGACGUUUCGCUCAUGACAAUUAAUAUUUAUUCUCAGGGAGGCGACCAGAUCAUUUCUUUGGCAAGUGAAAGAUUGUCGCCGUUUCUGAAGAGAAGCUACGUAUUAACCAAAAAAGAUAACGUAUAUUAAUUGAUGCCAAACGUCAGAUUAGUAAAGACAAUAUAAGCAGCGAAAUGAACGCCGCCAAGGAAUCUUACUGGAAGGAAAACUGCUGAAUUUGCACAAUAUGUUACCACAAUCACCUUGGUGAAGAUCAUUUAUAAAAUUAGUUGCAUUAGGUUCGUUAAUCCGUUGGUUCUGUCGAACGACUGCUUCUCAAGUUCUAAACCACAAAUGGUAUUUAAUAUUGCAGUUACACUUUCAUUUAUCAGCCAAACGUCUGCGAUUUAAUAAAAAUAAAAUAAAGCCAGAAAAAUAUUCUGAAUCGCCUGAGGAUCAAAUUAAGAACGAAAAUAUUUUUGAACACUUGUAAAUACAUUGUGUCUUCGUGGAUCUUCAGCGCUUGAAAAUACUGUUAAAUGAAAUCAUGAAUUUACAAUUUUGACCCUGUGAGUAAAUAAAAUAUUAAAAGAUA